UCUCUUUAUUUAGAGUUUGUGCCAAAUGCUACUGCAAGGGUUAGCAUGUUAGGGUGAGCUGAGCAGUCUGGCCACCACUGCUAGAGCAGAGGAAUAGUCACAGUGUUACUAUAAGACAGGUUCUUAGGGAAGCUUUGCCAACAGCUGAAUUCAGUAAUGCAGUGCGUAACACUUAACUGUCUGUCAUAGUCUUCUGUUUAAUGUAAGUGCCUCUGUGACAGUUCAGAAUGAUUGUUUGUUGAACACUGCAACCACGCUAUUGAUUGACACACAUCACAUCCAGACGGUCACCAGGUCUCUGUAGUAUAACCAUCAGAGCUGUUGUUUCUGAAGGGCAUCUUGUACCCUCUGUUAACACUGAUGGUUAUUGACGUAUUGUCUUUGUGUGUAAAUGAAUCUAUGCAGACUGUGUACAAUGGAGAGGUACAACUGCUGUAUUGUGAUCAUAUUUAUUCCACAAACAUGUCAAGCAUCUGCCUUGGUUGUAUGCUGUCCUUGAUUUUCUAUUGAUGUAGCCAUGGAGGAAUAUCCUGCACAGAAAGAUUCAGUUAAAUGAUUGUCUGUCUGUGCUUCCACUGCAAACUGUUUGCUGGGACCUCAUACACUUAUGUUAUUGCUAAUAUUCAUCAUGUACCAUCUUCUGUCAGUGGCAACUGGCAACUGAAAGAAAUAAGUACUGUAAUAACCUGGUUGUUACACACCUGUUACUGACUCCCGUACUGUAACGACGGUGUGCGAUUGGAGGAAAAGUAAGGGUAGAGGAAUGAAAUGGUGAUUUAUGUUCGUAACUAACAUGAUUGAAAUACUGGGUUGAAAAGAGGGUAGUUUGCACACCAUGUACUCCAGCACAGUGAUGGUCCUGUAUACUCCACAAUAGAUUUAAUGGAUCUUGAACCAACAUUUGUGUCAAUCAGAACAUUCAUCAGGACCCUGAAAAAGGUCUAGAUAAUCUAGUUUAAGAUUCAUUGUGGAGCAUACAAGAAUACCAGACAGUAUCUAGUACUUUCUAUUUUAAAUCGAAAUGGAAAAUAAUUAUCAAAAAGAGCCACUUGAGAGUUUUGUGCUAUUUUGUGAUGGUGAACUGUUGUGGAACCUCCUCACACCAGUGGUUUAGGUCAGCCCCUUAUAGAGCACCAGGGACAGACUGACAGCCCAUUUCAAGGCUUUUAAUGUCACUCCCUGUAUCUCCCCACUGCUGAGCUCCAGAGAAAGUUACUGCCUGUGUUUCACAAUAACUCACCAGGGGGGAUUAAACCUGCAAACUCCCUUAAAGAUACCAACUGUGAAGGUGCUGCUGUCUGAUGUACUCUGUAGAGGGGCAGGGAUUUCUUGAUUUUCAUUCAUUUUCAACCCAAAACAUCUCUUGACUUAGCUUCCAAUAUACAAUACAUGACGAUCUAUUACAUUACAUGAAGAUCAUUUUGUAAUUGUUCCUAUAGAGUGCUGUAAUGCAUUUGAAUUGUCAGCCAUAGGGUACAUGCCAAUUCAGAUAUAUGCACAUUCUGUGUAUGUUCUAGUUAGUGCAGAUUUCCAACAAUGGAUGGAAACGUAUGAUGUGUGUUUUAUGUUAGGAGGGUGUAGAGCACAUGUGUUUGAUCUUUCAUCAACUGUAUAUGAACAUAUGUAGUAGUAAUACAGAUAAUACCAACACAAUGGCAUACAGUGCUUCUGUAAAGGGAAAAACACUAUUAGAGUAAAUGUUUUUAUCUAUUAGAUUUCUGAGUUACUUAAUUACUUAGGCCCAUCGCCCCAUGAGAAGCAUAGGCCAUCAACUGGCCAUCAACUGAGUUGACUUCAUUCAUCUGAAAUUAUCUCAAAUUUAAACCCAAUGAAAUGAUACAAUCAUUUACUAUUCUCCUAAACUAUAAUGUUAAUGUGUAGGACAUAUGAUUGUAUGAUUGUGUUAGCAGACAUACAGUAGUAGCUAUGCAAUAUACUGGACCAUAUGGGAUGCCCCAUAUCAUCAUAACUUCUUCUAAUGGGGAUUGGUUGAUGACACUACACCAUCAACCAUCAUGACAAAUUGGUUGAUGACACUACACCAUCAACAUUGUCUGAUGACACUACACCAUCAACAUAGGCUGAUGACACUACACCAUCAACCAUCAUGACAAAUUGGUUGAUGACACUACACCAUCAACAUUGUCUGAUGACACUACACCAUCAACAUAGGCUGAUGACACUACACCAUCAACAUUGUCUGAUGACACCACACCAUCAACAUAGGCUGAUGACACUACACCAUCAACAUUGUCUGAUGAUACCACACCAUCAACAUAGGCUGAUGACACUACACCAUCAACCAUCAUGACAAAUUGGUUGAUGACACUUCACCAUCAACAUUGUCUGAUGACACUACACCAUCAACAUAGGCUGAUGACACUACACCAUCAACCAUCAUGACAAAUUGGUUGAUGACACUACACCAUCAACAUUGUCUGAUGACACCACACCAUCAACAUAGGCUGAUGACACUACACCAUCAACAUAGGCUGAUGACACUACACCAUCAACAUAGGCUGAUGACACUACACCAUCAACAUAGGCUGAUGACACUACACCAUCAACAUUGUCUGAUGACACCACACCAUCAACAUAGGCUGAUGACACUACACCAUCAACAUAGGCUGAUGACACUACACCAUCAACAUAGGCUGAUGACACUACACCAUCAACAUAGGCUGAUGACACUACACCAUCAACAUAGGCUGAUGACACUACACCAUCAACAUAGGCUGAUGACACUAAACCAUCAACAUAGGCUGAUGACACUACACCAUCAACAUAGGCCGAUGACACUACACCAUCAACAUAGGCCGAUGACACUACACCAUCAACAUAGGCCGAUGACACUACACCAUCAACAUAGGCUGAUGACACUACACCAUCAACAUAGGUUGAUGACACUACACCAUCAACAUUGUCUGAUGACACUACACCAUCAACAUAGGCUGAUGACACUACACCAUCAACAUAGGCUGAUGACACUACACCAUCAACAUAGGCUGAUGACACUACACCAUCAACAUAGGCUGAUGACACUACACCAUCAACAUAGGCUGAUGACACUACACCAUCAACAUAGGCUGAUGACACUAAACCAUCAACAUAGGCUGAUGACACUACACCAUCAACAUAGGCCGAUGACACUACACCAUCAACAUAGGCCGAUGACACUACACCAUCAACAUAGGCUGAUGACACUACACCAUCAACAUUGUCUGAUGACACUACACCAUCAACAUAGGCCGAUGACACUACACCAUCAACAUAGGCCGAUGACACUACACCAUCAACAUAGGCCGAUGACACUACACCAUCAACAUAGGCUGAUGACACUACACCAUCAACAUAGGUUGAUGACACUACACCAUCAACAUUGUCUGAUGACACUACACCAUCAACAUAGGCCGAUGACACUACACCAUCAACAUAGGCCGAUGACACUAGCUCAAAUGUUAAGCCUUUUUUUUCACUUGUUCUCAUCAAUUUUGUUUCUGCAACCUUAUUUAACUUUUCUGUAUCACUUUGUUUACCAAAACGAGCACUUGUUUUGGAAGUGACCCUAAAUGAAGGAUGCUUUCCUUGGGAGGGCAUGGGUUGACUAUAUUUUAUAUGCAACUUUUGUAAAAGUCUACAUUUUAUACCUGAUUUGUAAUUAUGUAGAUGAAGGCUCCAGAUGAUCAAAUCAGAUAAUGUAUGCUUCUGAUUAGAGAGCAAUGUCAGGAUAAAGCACAAGUGGACUUUAAUUGUGAACUUAACAUAUAUAUUGUAUCUGCUUAUUACCAUACUGGAAUUUAUUUCAAUUGCAAAUUAAACAGCUUUUCUCACAA